UUCGCUAGAAAAAGAAAACACACCUCUGUCAGUCUGCUUUGGCUGAAAUUUUUUCCCAGAGCACCGUCGAAUUUCUCGGAUGCCGUGAGGGAGUUUUAUUAUUCGCAUCUUAUCUGUCUGCCAUUUGCCACGGAAAUAGUUGAAUAGGCCACUGAGGAAACUUCAUAACAAAAACCAUUCGCUCUCUGUAAACAGAUCCAGUAUGUCCGGAGUGUUCCGUAUUGGAGUUCGGUUUCUGAACCGGUCGACAUCUUCGAUAUCGAAUCCACUGCUGCUGGAGGGUAAGAUUACCUCGUCGAUUGUAAUUCCUGCCUGUAACAUUUCCGGCAAAACUUUGCGCGGCUCGAAGCUCAGCAAACCAAAACCGUUCCCAUAUCUGGAGAAGGAAUAUACCGCCUUCCAGGCCUGCAAGGAUGUCCUCUUCAAGACCACUACCAACCGAUUCGACGAAAACACGAAGGUCGUCGUUGUGGAUGGACCGAUAGCUGCUGGCAAAUCCGCUUUUGCAAAAGAGCUAGCUACCGAGUUGGAGAUGAAGUAUUUCCCGGAAGCGACCAUGGACAAUUACUACAUCAACUCGUACGGAUACGAUCUGCGCAAGUUGGAUCCGCAACUGCCCCCGAGCAUGCAGAGCUUUGAUGUGAGCAAAUUUCUGCAGAAUCCAAACGACAAGAACGUGGCCACGUUCCAAAUCCGUAUGCUGAUGCAACGUUACUCUCAGUAUAUCGAUGCUUUGGCUCAUCUCUUUUCGACUGGCGAAGGUGUCGUCUUGGACCGUUGUGUGUAUUCGGACUUUGUGUUCGUUGAAGCCAUGUUCAAGAAUGGCUAUAUGUCGAAGGGAGCCCGGUCCGUUUACUACGACCUGGUCAAGAAUACCUUCUCGGAACUGAUGAAGCCUCACUUGGUGAUCUACCUGGAUGUUCCGGUCAGUGUAGUGAAAGACCGCAUAAAGAAGCGUGGAAAUCCAGCCGAGGUCAACUCCAAGGCACUUACCGAUAACUAUCUGCAAGACAUUGAAAACAUCUACAAGCAGCAAUAUCUGAAGGACAUCAGCACCCACGCCGAACUACUGGUCUACGACUGGUCGAACCACGGUGAAACCGAAGUCGUUGUCGAAGAUAUCGAGCGAAUUGAUUUCGACCGGUUCGACAAGGACGAUACGCACAUGCGCGAUUGGCGUAUGGAAAACGAAGAAGAGUGGACCGAAGCCCGGGCACGCUACAUGGCCAAGCCGGAUCUGAUGAACUACUUCAACGUGCCGCGGUACGACGUGCCGGAGUUGAUCGUCACCCCCGAGGACUUCAAGAUUUGGUACGACCUGUGGUCCGAAGCUCCGGGCAUGAAGUUCCGCAAGGGCUACAAUGAGGAGUGCGGCGAUGGCGGUAUUUUAACCAAAACCAAGCUGGAUUUCCGUAACACGCUGUAAAAGGGGUAUUUUUCGUUGGGAUUCCAAGUUACGGUAAAAUGUUUGUUUAGGAUGAUCAAUAAAUUGGAAUCUUAUACCGUGUA